AUGUCUAAGAAGCCUGAACUCGUACUUAUUCCAGGCGCCUGGCACACACCCUCCCACUUUAACCCCCUAAUCACCAAACUACGCGCUCUAGGUUACACAACGCACUCCGCUCAGCUAGCAUCCGUUGGCAAUCCCGACCCCCCAGCCGACCUCACAGAAGACAUCGCCAUUGUCCGCGCACUCGUACUCAACGCCAUUGGCGAUUCAGGAAACGACGUCGUCGUCCUAGCACACAGUUGGGGUGGUAUCAUCUCCGGGUGUGCGUUAGUCGGGCUAGGCAAGAAAGAGCGGAAAGCACAAGGGCUUAGCGGUGGAGUGAUGAGAACGGGGUAUAUGGCAGCGUAUAUUCUGGACGAGGGGAUCUGUUUGCAGGAUGCCAUUCACCACUUUAUUCCCGAGUGGGUGGACGUCCAGGAGCCAUAUGUUUAUGCAAAAGUUGCAAAGAUCUUCUAUGGUGACCUGCCCGAGGACGAGGGACAAUACUGGUUCGAGCAAAUCAAGUCACAGGCUGUAGCUUCGUUCUAUGCGCCUGCUACGGGUGCGGCUUGGAAGGAGAUACCGACUAGCUACCUAUUAUGCGAAGACGAUGAGUGUGUUCCGCCGCAGGUUCAGGAAGGCAUGGUUAAUGGGGUGAGAGAGGCGGCUGGAGAGAUCGAGGUCACGAGGCUGAAGAGUGGACAUAGUCCGUUUUUGAGUCGGGUUGAGGAGACGGUGGUCUGGGUUCAGAGGGUUGCUGGUGAUGCUGUUUAG